UGUGUUAUUGGUCAUGUAGUUUGAUUUUGUUCCCGUUAUAUUUUAUUUGUUUCGUAUAAUUUAAUUUUCAUUUGUAUUUUGAAUGUGAAAAUGAUUUAAGCCGUCAGUGUUUUAAUUUUUUUUCUGUUGCUGUUUUACUUGCACUAUGAAUAAUUCUGCGACAAAGGUUGGGGAGAUUUUUCGAGAAGCAGGUAGCGCUUUCAGUAAAUUGUCAGAAAUGACAAUGACCUUACAUCCUGUUGGCGAUUCACUUCCCCACGGCAAAUGGACGGACGACGAGAUCGAGAUGCUUCGGUCGAGUGUCCAUCGUUUUGCCGUUGACCUGAACAAGCUGAGUCAACAAAUCAAGACCCGCACUCUGUCUCAAAUUCAAACAACAUUGAAAAAGAAAGCUUUCGAGGAUGCCGGUCUUCCGGUACGGCAGGUAAACACCAGUUUGAUCAGCGCACCUCAGCCCAAACCUCAGCAGGUAGUGACACAACUCGGCCUCGUCCAACCCAACGUGUUAGGAAAAAACGCAGAGGUGACGCUGAACAAGCUGAACGCCCCGGAGAACGAAGUCGAUGUCGAAAGUUUGAGUAACGAUGUUAAGUUGGAGUUUGAGACCAACGAGAGUGAGGAGGUGGCCACGUGAGUAACGCCGUGCUUCUCGAAAAAUCUCCAAGGAUUAGUGAAGAGGGCGUGUUAUGAACGCGAAAUGACUUAAGCUCCGUCAAACAGUUCCCCUUCGUCGUUUCAUUUGUUUUGAUUUAUUGUCUCGGAUUAGCAAUAAUUCUCGCCGCGGCUUGUAUUCCCCUCACCGGGACUUCGCGGUAGCAACAUCACCGAUUUUAUGAGUCUGUGGCCUGUAUUAAUUAUUUUCAUCUGACGAAUCACAAGCUCCAAUCUUCCCAAUCCUGUGGUUUUUUUAUGUAUCUGUUUAAUUCACAGUUCUCCCAGUUAUAAUAUUAAGUUCUAUUUAAAUUUAGUUUCACCUUGGUUUCCCGCUGUUUAGUUUAGUAUGCUGUUUGACGAGGCUUGGACUUAGUAUGUAAGUUUUGUCUAUAAUUUACAUUUUUAUUUUAUUUUAAAACACUAACACCAAAUAAUAUUCAACUUGCUUUAUUUAAAUGUUGUCGCGAUUUUUCGCAUUUAGAUGUUAAAGUUACAAGUUAAGUGUUAUUAGAUGAUAGUAUUUUUGAUAGCAACAUCUUUUAACUUUGGCUAGAGACCCAAUCCAUGUGUUUUAGUUUCCUUUGUGUUUUAUUAAUAAACAUUAUUUUACUUUA